CUCCGCCCCCUUCAGUUGCAGGAUACAGGAAACGAGCGAGCGAGAGAGAGGAAAAACAACCAAAACAAACCCCCAAAAUCUGUAAUUCAGAAACCUGCUGGACUGAAACUGGAGCAAACCCCCCGGAACAAUGAGCUGGAUUCCCUUCAAGAUUGGCCAGCCCAAGAAACAGAUUGUUUCGAAGACGGUGGAGAGAGAUUUUGAAAGAGAAUAUGAGAAACUUCAGAAAUUGGAAGAUCAAACCAAGAAGCUUCACAAAGACAUGAAGAAAAGCACAGAGGCGGAUACAGCCAUGUCCAGGUCGGCAGUGAAGAUCUCAUCAGACCUGCUGUCCAACCCCUUGUGUGAGCAGGACCAGGCAUUCCUGGAGUCCAUGACUGCUGUGGACACAGCCAUGCGCAGGAUGGAUGCCUUCAACCAUGAGAAGGUCAACCAGAUCCAGAAGACUGUCAUUGAUCCACUGAAAAAGUUCAGCAGCGUGUUCCCCAGCCUCAACAUGGCAGUGAAGCGGAGAGAACAGGCUCUGCAGGAUUACAAGCGGCUGCAGUCCAAGGUAGAGAAGUACGAGGAGAAGGAGAAGACCGGGCCCAUCAUGGUCAAGCUGCACCAGGCCCGCGAAGAGCUGAGGCCGGUGCGAGAGGACUUUGAGGCCAAGAACAAGCAGCUCCUGGAGGAGAUGCCCAGGUUCUACCACAGCCGCAUUGACUACUUCCAGCCCAGCUUCGAGGCUCUGAUCCGGGCACAGGUGGUCUACUACACAGAGAUGUGCAAAAUCUUCGGGGAGCUGACGGAUCAGAUCGACCAGUCGGGUCUGACGGACGAGCAGCGGGAGCGGGAGAACGAGGCCAAGCUAAACGAGCUCCGAGCUCUGUCCAUCGUCGCCGAUGACUGAGGAAGGAGCGGCUCUCAGCUCUGAGUGCGCUGCGGGCAGGGGCUUCACAGGGUUGUGGAGAAACACACUGAACUAUCUCUCCUCUCCUCUCCUCUCUCUCUCUCUCUCUCUCUCUCUCUCUCUCUCUCACCACGAAUCUGUUCUUUAAAUCCUUCCUCCUGUCCUGACGCUGAUCAGAUGUCUAAGGGAUUUAAAUCAGUGAUUAGCAAUAUACUGUACAGGGUGGUUCAGCUGUCCAGGUACUGGGUGUUCCUGGGGCAGCGUGUGGCUCUCUCGUGUGGCAUCGUUUCUGGAGCAGAUAUAAAGCAGUUCGUCCUCCACAGGAGUUGCAAGCAACCGGAUUUGCUAUUACACUGUGUGGCAUUAAGCACCAGAAGGCAUUCGAUUCAAAACGUGCAUGAAUUACACAUUGACAGGUGCAGGGCUGUUCUCAGACUGUCGAUUAUACAUUGACAGGUGCAGGGCUGUUCUCAGACUGUCGAGAUAACAUAGUGUUUGCUCCAGUUCACAAAUUUUAUUUUUUAAAAGGAAUCUCAAUCUGGUAUUCAUUCAAAUGUCUAAACGUCUCUGUGCAUUCCCGUGACGAAAAAAAAAACACAUAGAAAUCUCCUUUUCGAAUUACAGAAACCUUACAAAAAAAAAAGCAAAGCGGUAGUGCCUUCUAGUGGCUUGAAUGGCAAACUGCACCUCUUUAUGGAGAUCAGCACGGAUGCAUUUAAAUUGUACUGAGUUUAAAUGAUCCAGACCCCUUUCUCUAAGACCUGGAACCCAAACCACCCAGUCCCAAACACUACACAACACUAACACUGCACUUUAAAACUGCUGUAAGAAUUGCUUCCCUUCCUUUUUGAAAUAAACCGGAGCAAAAGGAAGGCGGGAGUCUUUGAUAAAGUUGCAGCUCGCUUCUGGGUAGAUGUUCUGGUUUUUCUUGUGUUUAAUAGAAGUCUAAAAGAUUUCCCAGGAAAAAAGCCAGUACCGUAGCACACUAGUCAGAGGUCCAGCGGGUCCGUGUUUGUUUUACUCUUUACUCUUCUAAAGUUCUUGGAGAAAGUGUGUUCAUCACUGAGUGUUUAUUUUUUAAUGAUUUAAAAUCGUUUCAGGUGGAAAGGAUCAUUAAAAAAGGAAGGAAGUCAAACAGUUUUGUUCAGAAUCAAAGUAGCCAAAAACUACUCGGAACACGAAAUGAACAAUUUUUGUUUAUUUUUUUAAAAAUAUUUUUUGAUUUCUGCUACAGCUCUGGCUAAAAGUUUUGCAUCCUCCUGCAUCAUUUUGCUUCAUGAAGUCAAAUGAAACCUGUUGAAAUUAUGUGAAUUUAACCUAAGGAAUUGUAUACCGUUUUGUAGUUUUCCCAUAAGAAAAACUUACAAAGAUAUUGUUUCUUUUGAUUAUAUGAUGUUAAAUAGAAGAUCUAAAUUAUGUGCAUUUUUAAAAAAAAAAAUGAUGUCUCAAUUCUAAAGGUCUUUUGGCCACAGCUGUACAGCUCUGCAAUGUAACGACCAUUCCAGCUCAGUGUUGACGGCAGGUAUUUCUUUCUGGAUGAGGGGUUUCACAAAGGGUGCGGUACUGUAGUGGAAAGCCCUACACAUAUACCCAGCACUGCCCCCAAAGAGAGCCUACAUCACGGGGAGGGCCCCCAAUGUGAGUGCAACGCUAUCGUCCCUUGGAAGCUUUGCCCCACACGAGGCUGAGUGAACCUAAUGUAGUAUAGCACGUGAUUUCUCUGAUUGACUCUUCAUCCUUUCUGGUUCAGUUUAAGCUUUUGUGAUUGUUUCGAUCCGAGAUCAAUUCUGAUGCGUGUUUGUUUGUUAAGCUUGUGUAAAGAGCUGUAAAAAUAAAAAAUUAAAA